AAAGUUCAAUUCUUAAGGUUGGAAAUAAGUUUCAACUAAUUCCUCAACUAAUAUUUGUUUAUAAAAAGUUCAAUUAAAAACCUUUGCAUUAUUUUGUAAAAACCUUUGCAUUAUUAAUUAAUAGCCUAAUUUCUAUACACUUUGCAAGAAAAGGCACCUUGUAGCAUUGGCGCGCGUUGCUCCUAUUGUUUCAUAACCAGAAAAUCCCUAACCCUAACGGCUAAAUCAACCCUUAAAUUCGUCAAUUUUCUCAGUAAAAUUCCCUCCAAUCACCAAAAUUGAAACCGAAAUGAGCAAUGAAUCUGACCUCGAAGUCUGUGAUACUGCAAUUCCACCUCAGAAAAUCGGUAAAAGGGAGUGUGAGGAUGAAGAUGAGAAGGAAGUGAUUACAAAGAAGCAGAAGAGAGAUGAGGUUGUUGAGAAGCAAGAAAAUAAGGAGGAAAUUAUUUCAAAUCAUUCUGAACAUGAUAAGGUAUUCCGGAAACUUGAAGCUAAAAAUGAAACUGCUACCGGUUGCGGUCCUUCAGAAUCAUUGGAUGUUGGAAGCUCAGAUUCUGAUUCCCACAGAAGCUCUGAUGGGGAUAAUCCCGAUGAUUUGGAAAGUCCAGAGUACAAUGCGGGAGAAAUAGAGGAAAAAGUCCCCAAAACACCUCAGGAAAUGCAUGAAACCCCACUCGCUCUGAACGAAAAAUAUGCUGCAUCGAAGACAAUAUAUGUUAGAAACCUGUCAUACAGUGUGGAACGGGCUGACAUGGAAAAUCUUUUUAAAGAUUGUGGUGAACUUGUUGCUGUUCGUUUCAACACAGAUCGUGAAGGGAGGUUUAGAGGCUUUGGACAUAUCGAGUUUGGAACAGAAGAAGCAGCACAAAAAGCCCUUGAAUUGGAUAAUACAGAAUUGUUGAGACGUCGCAUCAAAGUUGGUAUAGCUCUAGAGAAGAAUGAAUAUGCCCCCUAUGGAAGCUCAUUCCCUAAGGGUGGAAAUCUUCAGUCUCACACUGUAAAGGGUUUUGACACAUCCCUUGUAGAAAACAAGCCUAAAAGCCCAGCUACACCAAAUGAAAGUCUUGCUGCAUCAAAGACAAUAUAUGUCAGAAACUUGUCAUACAUUGUGGAACGAACUGAUAUGGAAAAUCUUUUCAAAGGUUGUGGAGAAAUUGUUGAUAUUCGCCUCCAUUCAGACCGCGAAGGGAGGUUUAAAGGCUUUGGACAUGUUCAGUUUGCAACAGCUGAAGCAGCACAAAAGGCCCUUGCGUUGGAUAAUGUAGAAUUUUUUAAACGCAACAUCAUAGUUGGUAUAGCUUCGGAAAGGGGUAAAUAUAGCCCCAAUAGAAGUGUUAGCAGCUGGGCCUGGAGCAGCUCAUUCCAAAAGGAUGAAAGAUUACAGUCUCAAACUGCACCUGUGAAGUGUAUUGAUACAACCCUUGCAGACGACAAGGAUAUAGAGAUGUUUGAUGCUGUCUAUUCUGAGAAUAAACCUGAAACUCCAACUACACGAAAAGAAAAAAAAGCUGUAUCAAAAACAGUAUGUGUUAGAAACUUGUCAUUUGGCGUGGAACGGGCUGAUAUUGAAAAUAUUUUCAAAGAUUGUGGAGAAAUUGUUGAUGUUCGUCUCCAUGUGGAUGUUGAGUUUGCAACAGAAGAAGCAACAGAAAAGGCUCUUGAGUUGGAUCACAGAGAAUUGAUGAACCGUCCCAUCAAAGUUGGUACUGCUUCGAAAGAGGGUGAAUGUUUCCACAAUAGAAGCAGCUUGAGCAUCUCAUUCCAGAAGGGCGAAAAUUUGCAUCCUCUAACUGUAUUUGUGAUUGGAUUUGAUACAUCCAUUGCAGAAGAGAAGAUAAAAGCUAGCCUGAAAAGACAUUUCAGUCCUUGCGGAGAGAUUACAAGGAUAUCGUUACCGAGAUUUCCUGAUUCUGGCACUGUUAAGGGGUUUGCGCAUUUGGACUUCAAGGAUGUUGAUGGCUAUAAGAAAGCACUACAACUUGAUCAAACUGCGAUUGGAGAUUAUUGGUUGUCAGUAGAAAAAGCAAAGCCAAGGUAUAGACGUGAUUAUCAGGCUAUAGGCGGUGGCAGAGGUGGUGGUGGUUAUCACUAUGGUGGAAGGGAUGGAGGAGACCACGGUGGUAGAGUCGGUUGGGGAAGAAGUCAUGGUGUUGGGAGGCACUGGACAGCCAAUACCGAACACUGGUGAAGGGUGCAGACAACUUUUUCUGAACACAGACUAUAUUGUAGAAGAUACUGAAGACCUUACAUUUAUUAUAUUUAAAGUACUUUGGGUAAUUGAUAUUGUGAAAUGGUAAAUUAUAUUGAGAUUUGUACAAUAGUGUAUUUUUAAUUACUUUUGUGGCUAAUAAUGGGAGCCAUCAACAAUUUUGUGUAGAGAGAGGAGAGCAUAGAUUGAUUCAUGUUGCUCACCCACGAUAUAGUGAAUGUGAGUGUGAAUGUGUAUUUUAUUUUUAAUUAAUUAAUUACUGAUCUAUUACAAUAUCGGUAUAAUAUAAUGAAUUUUAUGAUGUUGGGG